UCUUACGUGGCAAAAUGUUAUCGUCACGGGGGCUGUACUCCAUCACCUUCCCCAGUCACGCUUUCAAGUUGUCAUCUUCUUAACACUCUUACCCCACUCUUGAUCCUUUACACCGACGACAGAACGCCAUAAAGUUACACACACAACACACACUAAAGCUCUUGGUUAUGACUCUUAACUCCUUAGAGCUAGGCUUUUUGGUGAAGGAGAAGAGAGCUGCGAAGAAGUAGCGUUAGUUGCGGGAAAAAAUGGCCGAAAUAGGGAAAGUAGUGCUGGAUAAAGGAUGGUUGGCGGCAAGAUCAACUGACAUUGAGCUUACCGGAGUUCAGCUCACCACCACUAAUCCUCCUUCCGGUCCUGAUUCUACCUGGAUGGAAGCUGUCGUUCCCGGAACCGUUCUGGCAACUCUUGUAAAGAACAAAGUUGUACCUGAUCCUUUUUAUGGGUUGGGAAAUGAGGCUAUUAUUGACAUUGCUGAUUCAGGAAGGGAGCAUUACACCUUCUGGUUUUUCACCACUUUUGAGUGUAAUCUGUUGAAUAAUCAGCACAUUGACCUCAAUUUCCGAGCUAUAAAUUACUCUGCUGAAGUUUAUCUAAAUGGCCACAAGAAGAUCCUCCCAAAGGGGAUGUUUCGAAGACACUCCAUUGAUGUUACUAGUAUUUUGCUCCAUGAUCGUCCAAAUCUUCUUGCUGUUUUAGUUCAUCCUCCUGAUCAUCCCGGGAGAAUUCCUCCCCAAGGGGGUCAAGGUGGUGAUCAUGAGAUUGGGAAAGAUGUUGCUGCACAAUAUGUCGAGGGCUGGGACUGGAUAGCUCCAAUAAGGGACCGGAACACUGGCAUCUGGGACAAGGUAUCAAUCUCUGUUACUGGGCCAGUGAAGAUCGUUGAUCCUCACCUGGUGUCCUCAUUCUUUGACAAUUACAAGCGGGUGUAUCUGCAUACUACGAUAGAGUUGGUAAAUAAAAGUGCCAUAGUUGCAGAAUGUUUGUUGAAUAUCCAAGUGGCAACUGAAGUUGAAGGAAACACUUGCCUAGUAGAACAUCUUCAGACUCAAAAUCUGUCAUUACCUGCUGGAGCACAUGUGCAUUAUACAUUCUCAGAGAUUUUCUUCUACAAGCCUAAAUUGUGGUGGCCGAAUGGCAUGGGAAAGCAAUAUCUGUACAAUGUCGAAAUAACAAUUGAGGUCAGGGGCUUUGGAGAGUCAGAUUUGUGGAGCCAGCCUUUUGGCUUUCGCAAAAUUGAGAAUCAUAUAGACAGUGCAACCGGAGGAAGGUUGUUUAAGGUCAAUGGAGAGCCAAUAUUUAUCCGUGGAGGUAAUUGGAUAUUGUCAGAUGGACUAUUGCGGCUCUCAAAGAAACGUUAUCAAGCAGACAUUAAGUUUCAUGCUGAUAUGAACUUUAAUAUGAUCCGCUGUUGGGGUGGUGGACUAGCAGAGAGGCCAGAUUUUUAUCAUUACUGUGAUAUGUAUGGGAUUCUGGUUUGGCAAGAAUUUUGGAUAACAGGAGAUGUUGAUGGACGAGGUGACCCCAUCUCAAACCCAGAUGGCCCAGUGGACCAUGACCUCUUCUUACUUUGUGCAAGGGAUACUAUCAAGCUUCUAAGAAAUCAUCCUAGUCUUGCUCUGUGGGUGGGGGGCAAUGAACAAGUUCCACCGGAGGAUGUAAAUUCAGCUCUGAAAACUUACCUAAAGCUCCACCCUUAUUUUGAAAAUUUGAACAGUGAUGACAUUUCAAAAAGAGAACUUUUCCCUGUAUUGAAGGACCCUAGUCAGUAUCUUGAUGGUACGCGUGUUUAUGUCCAAGGAUCUUUGUGGGAUGGAUUUGCAGAUGGAAAAGGAGAUUUCACAGAUGGCCCUUAUGAAAUUCAAAAUCCCGAGGAUUUCUUCAAGGAGGAUUAUUACGAGUAUGGAUUCAAUCCUGAGGUUGGUUCUGUGGGGAUGCCUGUGGCAGCUACAAUUAGGGCAACAAUGCCACCUGAAGGGUGGGAUAUUCCUUUGUUUAUAAAGCUGCCAGAUGGCUAUGUACAGGAAGCUGCAAAUCCCAUAUGGGAAUACCACAAGUACAUUCCAUAUUCAAAACCGGAGAAGAAGGUUCAUGAUCAGAUUUUGCUUUAUGGGACCCCAAAAGAUCUUGAUGAUUUUUGUCUUAAGGCACAACUAGUUAAUUAUAUCCAGUAUAGAGCUCUCUUAGAAGGCUGGACCUCGCGUAUGUGGAGCAAGUAUACAGGAGUUUUAAUCUGGAAAACUCAAAAUCCCUGGACAGGUCUCCGGGGCCAAUUCUAUGAUCAUCUCCAUGACCAAACAGCAGGGUUCUAUGGCUGUCGCUGUGCUGCAGAACCUAUCCAUGUUCAACUUAAUCUGGCAACAUAUUACAUCGAGGUGGUUAAUACUACAUCUGGUGAACUCUCUAAUGUGGCUAUAGAAGCCUCCGUGUGGAAUCUGGAGGGGAUGUGCCCAUAUUAUGAAGUGUCUGAAAAGCUCACUGUACCAUCUAAAAGAACAGUACCUAUCUUUGAGAUGAAAUAUCCCAAGUCUAAAAAUGCAAAGCCAGUUUACUUUCUCCUCCUUAAACUGUAUAACAUAUCGGACUAUGGCAUAUUGUCCAGGAACUUGUACUGGUUGCAUUUACCAGGUGGUGAUUACAAGCUCUUGGAACCCUACAGGAAUAAGGAAGUGCCACUUAAAAUAACAUCUCAAGCUUUAAUAAGGGGAUCCACCUGUGAAGUCCAGGUGCGUGUAGUUAACACAUCAAAGAAACCAGAUUCUAGAAGUCUUCUUGACAAGAAUAUACUUACCAAAAGUAGUCGCACUGGUGAUUGUGAUACAACAUUGUUGGAACCUGUACCAAGUGCAAAUGAGAAAAAACAAGAAAUGAGUCUGUUUCAGAAGAUUCAGAGAAAUUUUGCUAAGGAGCGAAGCAGUUUGAAGGUAACUGCUAUCGGUGGAACUGAAUAUGGAGUUGCUUUCUUUCUCCAUUUCUCUGUUCAUGAUUCAAAGAAGGACAAAAAAGAAGGGGAAGACACUCGCAUUCUGCCUGUCCAUUACUCUGACAAUUACUUUUCGCUUGUACCUGGUGAAGAGAUGUCCAUCACCAUCUCCUUUGAGAUCCUUCCGGGUGUCAACCCUCAUGUUACUCUUCAUGGCUGGAACUACCAAGGUGGACAUACCGUUCUCUGAAUUCUAAAGACAUAAUAAUCUUCUUUGCAGUUCACACAGACGGCUUUUGACAAUUAUCAGGUUCCGAACAUGUUUACAAAGAUCAGGCAUUACAAUGCAGUAUGCAUAACUAGGUUAUAGGCAUCUCAAAGAUCAGGCGUUACAAUUUUUAUUUUAUUUUAUUUUUGGUGUACAUUCGAAAUUUGGAAAUAUAUGACAAUCAGAAAGUACCAACUGAGCUCCAAGAAUAAAAAAUGUUAGUCUUGUUCACAA